GAUAUGAAUGUAUGAAAAGCUGGAUAAAUAGAAAUACUUCCAACAAAAAUGACAAGAACUGGCGUUUUCCAUCAAGUAAUCACUACAUGCAUCGUAAACAUCAUAAGCCUCUCAUAUGGAGCCGUCCUAGGAUGGGUGUCUCCAUUCCUUCCGCUACUUCAAUCGGACCAAUCUCCCCUAGACACAGGACCUGUCACGAUUGAACAAAGUUCCUGGAUCGGAUCCAUUCUGUGCAUAGGGGCAAUGCUGGGUGCAUUGAUCUUCGGAAUUCUGGCACCGAUGAUUGGAGUUAAAAAAGCCAUUCAUUGCCUAUGCAUUCCGAAUGCAACCUUCUGGUUGCUUGUGUACUUCGGAUCAACUGUUUACCAUCUUUACGUGGCAAGAUUUGUGGCUGGAUUUUGCGGAGGUGGUGUUUUUGUUACAUUCCCUAUCUUUGUAGCCAACAUUUCUGAUAGAAAGAUCCGUGGUGUUCUUGGCUCUCUGUUAGCGUUUUCCGUUAAUUCUGGAAUUCUUCUAAUGUACAUCGUAGGACAGUGGCUGUCCUAUCGAACUGUUCCCAUUGUGAUGAUCUUCCUGCCAGUGGCAUUCUCAGUGCUGUUAGUUCUAAUUCCGGAAACUCCUCAGUCCUUGCUAAAGCAACGCAGAUUACCGGAAGCUGAACGAUCAUUAUUGUUUUACAAAGGGUAUCGAAAUCAGGAUUUACAAUCGUCAAAUUUUGAGCUAGAAUUUGAGCAACUGAAAAGUUGCGUACAGGAUGUGAAAGUUGAUCACCAAAAGCUUCAGUUUAGCGAUUUCGCUUCAGCUGCGGCCUGCAAAGGAAUACUGAUCGGAAUAUUCCUCGUGUUCUUGAAUCAAUUUUGUGGGAUUUUUGCUAUUCUAACCUAUGCGGUAACCAUUUUUGAGAAAUCUGGAUCAUCUCUAGGCCCAGGAACGUCGUCAAUCAUCAUUGGAGCCAUUCAGGUAGUCGGAAUCAUAGGAUCGUCAAUUUUGAUCGACCUUGCCGGUAGAAAACUACUGUUGAUGGUUUCAACCUUUGGAACUGGACUUGGAAUGAUUACCCUGGGGAUGUAUUCAUGGCUCGAAAUACACAAUGUGAAUCUAGAAGGUUUCGGAUGGAUUCCGGUAGUCAGUUUAUCCUUUGGAGUGUUUAUGUACUGCGUAGGACUAUGCAACAUUCCAUUUUUCCUGCUGCCAGAAAUUCUGCCGGCAAAGAUUUGCAACGUUGGAAAUACCAUCAGUAUGGUAUCGUUGUGCCUUUUUGCAUUCAUAGCUUUGAAAAUUGUUCCUGUUCUAAUGAAUACGAUUGAACUUUAUGGAGUUUUUUCAAUAUUCGCUAGUACGUGCUUUUUGGGGAUGAUUGUGAUUGGCGCGUUUAUUCCUGAAACGAAAGGGAAAAAUUUUCAGGAGCUUGAGCGCAUCAUGGGCAAGGGUCGAGGUCUGUGCAGCAUGAAACCGACACAAUCCAGAGGGAAGAAGAUCCGGCCAGGAGUGAUCUUCUUCGAGAGCAUCAUCAGCGACAGAGGAAGCCCAAUAGGAGUGUUGCUUCCACGAAACCCAUUAGAUUCCAUGUUCCAUUGCCAUAUUGACGAACAAUUCCCACAAUCACAAGCGAUUCCAACAACAUGUCACCACGUAGCGGCACAUUCUCGAGGACCGCCAAGUUCCAGAAAGGUCGAAAACAACCACCAACCGGGCAACUUCUCACUUUCCGGUGGGGAGUAUGUUCAGUCCGACAAGCGGACUGAGAAUAGACACGAGAGCACCGCACCGAGAGAGCAAAACAGUUGCUCUCACCGAAAGCAUGUGGAAAAUUCUAGGCGGUUCCAGCUGGCGCGAGCACGUGGUUGUGUGCUUGUUCGUCAGCCUAUUAAGGGCGCAUUCUUUAUGCGCCUAGGAGUCAUUUGCUAUCAAACCGCCAGACCGUCAAGAUGGGCGGAAGAAAUCAAUAGUGUAAAUAGUAGUGAUAAGUAA